GUUUUCUUGUCGUCUUCUUUCUUUCUUUCUCUUUCGUUUGCUUUCGUUUCAAAAGUCAAGCAAAACAAGCUCCAAAAACAGAAGGCAAACAAAAAGAAAAGGAAAAAAAUUCUCAAAAAAUACUAUAAAAUACAAUAAAAACCAAGCUAAAGUAUGCAAUCGGACUCUGUCGCUGCAUCUGGAUCUGCGACUGCGACCGCAGCAGCAACAGCACCAGCAGGAGCAACAGGAGCAGGAGUGGCAGGAGCGACAGGAGCAGGAGCUGCAACUGGAACUGGAACUGGAGCUGCAACCGGGUCGGCGCCUGGCAGUCCCUCCAUCCUCACUGGGCAGCAGCGGCGCUCGCACGUCGUCCAGCACCACCAGGCGCAGGCAGCACGCAGGUCGACCGUCGCAGUGCUUGCCAACGCCGUCGUCGUCUCGUCCGUCGCGCCAUCCACCCAGCCGCAGCAGGCCACCUCGCUCCUGCCGACCGCCGCUGCUUUUUCCCCUUCUUCCGGUGAAUCUGGCUCGGCUUGGUCGCUCCACUCUGGAUCCUCUGCUUCUUCUUCUACUACUACUUCUUCUACUACUACUACUACUCCUUCUACUGCAUCGUCAAGCUCGGCUGUGAUGACUGGCGCCAAUGCGAGCGGACCAGCGAGAAUGUCGGUUUCAGGUCUGCCAAUCGCUUCCGCAGCAACCAGCCUGCCGUCUGCGUCCUCUGCCGCCGCCCCGUCCUUCUCGCAAGCAUCGACAUCUUCGUCGUCAUCGCCGUCGUCGUUCUCGCAGGUGGGCUCGAGUGCAACCGCCGCAUCGAGCUCGCCAUCGCAUUCGACCAGCGCGACGCAGAAGGCAAGCAAGAUUAUCAGCUCGCUCUUCCGCUCAGCCAGCAACGUUGGCUCAAGCAGCAGUAGCAGUAGCAGUAGCAGCAGCAGCAGCAGUGCGGCUGCGAAUGCUGGCAAUACGAAUGGAAGCUUGAGUGCAGGGCCCUCCACAUCCAUCUCGCCGCCAAACACGCCCAGCAGCAGCCAGAAUCGCAAGUCAAGCACCACCGGAGGCGUCCUGUCAUCCUCGUUCGCUCCAGGUCUUCCUGCGUCGUCGACCGCUUCCAACCCGUCGUCGUCGUCGUCGCCGUCCUCGUCCUCCUCCUCAACGGUACCACGGAGCACAAGCGCCAGCAGCAUUCCUGCGUAUGCCGCGAGUGCAUCCGCAGCGUCCAUGUCCUCAUCCGCCAGCAACGGCAGCAUUAGUACCGCUGCGAGCAUGAGCACGACAAACCUCUCCAACCGAGAAUCCCUGGCGUCGCAGCACUUGAUGACGGCCGCCACGCUCACUGUCAACCUUGUCGAGACGGAAGGCCUUUUUGGUCCAGAUUCUGCAGAAACUGCCGACAUUGAGUCGGCGUUUUGCACCGUCUCCUUCCGCGAUCAAGUGUUCAAGUCCAACUCGGUCAACCCGACAAGGCCGGCUGCCAACAGCAACAACAACAUCAGCAGCAGCAACAAGCCCGCCAAUGCCAGGCCAAGCAGUCCGCACAGCGGCAACUCGCGCUCUCUCUCGCCCUUGUCGCACGAGCGCAUUGACGAAGGCGAUGAGCCUGCAGAUGCCACUGCUCCGCCUCGUACGCCAGAGCGUCAGGCUGACGGCCAGAAUCGUUCUGCCAGCGCGGGCUCGUCCCCAACGUCGUCCAAUUCUGCCAAGCGGUCCCCAGCCUCCUCCUCGCCUGGCGAAGCGUCCUCCUCGCGGCCCACGUCCAUGGUCCGCUCUCGUCCGACAUCCGGUGUGGAAACGCACGUCAUUCCGUGGGACUUUUCGUGCAUUUUUGCAGUGCCCGAAGGCGAAAUCCGACCCUCGGACGAGAUUUGCGUGCGCGUCUUCCAUCACAAGAGCAACGGCGUGAGCUCGCUCUUCUGCCACACGACGUCCUCGCUCGCAAAGAUCAUCGAGGUUCGCAACGAGCGCAAAAGCCAUUCGCUCACAUCCAUCACCGAUCCGGCUGACACGCUGGGAUCGCUGCUCAUGGAUGUCACCUUUGACGAGAUGGGCGGGCUUGCGCUUGCCUCGACCGAAAAGGAAGAAGGGCUGAUUCAGAUUCAUGUCGGAGAAGGCACCUACAAGACCCUGUUGGUGGACACGUCCACCACCGCGCGCGAGGUCAUGCUCAUCAUGCUGGUCAAGUAUUUCCACGUGGCUGAAAGUGAAAACCAAAUCAACAACUUCCAGCUCAAAGAGUGCUGGGCUGGCAACCGCGAGCGCGUGCUGGGCACGGCCGAGCGCCCUCUGCUCCUGAAGAAAAUGUGGACCGUCCGCGGCUACACCGAUCGGAAGCUCUUCCUGCAGCGCAUUUCGAGCAAAGCGGGCAUGGUGGCCAAACGCACAGUCAAUACCGCCAAGACCAUUGCCACUCGGCGGCGCGACUCCAUCAUUGUGCUGAACGAGCACUCGGCUGAAUCACCUUCUGCCGCGGCGCCUGCCGGCGCUGGCGUUGCCAAAAUCCCACGCAGCGACAGUACAAGCGCCGCAACGCGGUUGGAAACUUCCCCCGUCAAGGAAACGUCACACAUUGCCGAGCGCGGAGCCACGCCACCUGCUUCGGCUCGCUCAAGUGUGCACCACGACGACGCGGAGGUCGAAAAGAUCGAGUCUGCUCGCCGUGAAGCCGUCACCAAGCUGGAAGACACUCAGCGCGAUGUUGCCUCUUUGCAACAAACCAUUCAACGAUUGACCGAAGAGCGAGAUGCCGCACAGGCCGCCGUUACCGAGCACAAGGCACUGGUUGCUGCUCAGGAAGCGGAGAAGGCUCUUGCUGAAGGCAAGCACGGUGAUUUGCUGGUCGAGCUGGAAGCACGCAGCACCGAGCAGCGUACAAUCCAAACCCAGAUGGAAGAGCUCAUUGCCCAUGUCGAGGGACUGGACAAGCAGUAUCGAGCGCGGCAGACGCGCGAUGCGCAACGAUACACGGACGCUGUGGGCCAACUGGAGGUCAAGGGCAAAGCGCUGCUCGACGCCCAAGAGGCGUUGUCUCGUGCCAAUCUCCAACGAGACCAGGCCUCCAAGCGUGCAAGCGAGCUGCAGGAGGAUCUUGCGGCGGCCAACGCUCGACUGGCCUCGACGCAAGCCGAGCAAGAGGCAAAGCAGAGCGAGUUGAACGCGCUGAUUGUCGAAAGCCGCGCUCGCUACGACGCGCAGGCAGACGAAUUGGCCACCAUCAAGCGGUCCAACUCCCAGGCGACCUCCAAGCUUGGCGCGUCCACCUCCGAGGCCCAAAAGCUCAAGGACGAGCUGGAGACUGUUCGCGCCCAGUUGCAGGCCAGCCGGCAAGAAGCUUCUGCCGCCACGACUGAGCUAGCCACGUUGCGCAAGGAGGUUGUCACGCUGCAGUCCGACCUCAGCACGACGCAAACCCAGCUUUCCGAAUCGCAGACGCAGCUCGAGCAAACGUCGCAGCAGCUUGUGGAUGCUGAGGCGCGUGCUACCGCUGCGAGCGGCCAAGCCGUGGCCAGCACGUCAGAGUACCGUUUGUCCUUCACUGACGGCGCCCGUCCCGCAGAUGUUUCUGAAAUGCGCAAGCGCUUGUCGACGGCCACCGCGGACUUGCUGCAAAAGACUGAGCAGCUCACCGACACGGAGGCGCGCCUCGCUCAACUGCGCUCCUCGACUGUGGACGCUACCGAGCAUGACCGUCAACUCGCCGAAUUGCGCCAGCAAAGCGAGUCACAAGCUGCCCUUGUUGCACAGGGCGAGCGACAGUUGGCCGACCUUCGCGAUGAGCUCGCCAAGUCGCGCCAAGACCGCCAGGCUGACGCCGACAAGAUGGCCAUGCUCGAGCACGAAUCAGUUCGGCUCCACCAACGCCUCCAAGAGCAAGAGAAGCUGCAGGAAGAGCGACUGGCGCGCAACAAGCUUGAAUCGGAUGCGCGCGAGCAGCGGCUCGAGGAAGCCAAGACGGAGCUCUUCGAGGUGCUCAAGCAGCAGAAUGACGUGCAGCUGCAACUCAUCUCCGCUUCGGACACGAUUUCAAUCAAUUCCCGCACGAUUGAGGACUUGACUCAAAAGGUCGGCUCGCUGGAAAAGUCGGUCGAGUCUCGCGUUGCCGAGCUCACGCAAGUCAAGAACGAGCUCGAACGUGCCGAAAAGCGUGUGGUCGAGAAGGAUGCGCAGCUGACCGCUUUUGCGCAGCAGUUCAUCUUGAUUGCACAAAGCGCCACCGCGACAGGCUCGCCUGCGCUUUAUGCUGCUCGCCAGUCUUUGCUCCAGCAACAGCAACUGCGUCAGAACCAACAGCAACAAACGCCUCAUCCUCCUCCUCUUGCUGUGCAUGGGUCGGAGCCGACUGCCACCACGAACAAUGCGGCUGGACUGUUGACGGUUGCUUCGACUUCCCCUGCACCUCUGUCCCCUUCGGCGGCGAUGCAAGCCGCCAACAUUGGCGCAGAGUCGCUGGGCUUGGCACAGCAGCAGCCGCUCGACGAGCAUGGUGCGCUUGUGUUGGGCGUGGCAAAGGCCGCGCAAGUCUCGGGCACGCAAACAUCCGCCCCUCAAAUGGUCCCUCACACCAUCGAGUACGCAGUCCAAGAAGUGGAUGAAUCGAGCGAGUUGGACUCGUCGACUGACUCACGCGCAGUCUUGGUUUUACAAGCGCCCGACGAGAUCUCGUCCUUGCAGGAUAGCUCCACUGCUGCUACUGCGACUACUACUGCUGCCGCUGCUGCUGCGGAGACGCCCUCUCCGGACAAACGCAGCGGCUUGCGAGGUUUGGUCGGAGGUCAUUCCACCGCCGGCAAGGGAGAUUUCGCGUCUCCUGCUGCGCUGCUUGCAGCCAAGUCCAAGGCGGGUUCUGCCUUUGUUCAGUCUCCUCAUGCCGCUGUUCGCGCCAGUCUUGUCGUCAACUCUCGCGGAUCUGUCGUGCCCGUGCAGUUGGUUGGACCCGAUAUGAAAGUGCGUCGAAGCGUUCGCUUUAGCAAUGUGCUGAUCUUCUUGGAUGCCGCUCUGGAUGGCAACAUUGAUGAGAUUGAAAAGCUGUACAAGGCGAAUGUCGACAUCAACUGCCGAAACGAUGAGGGCAUUUCCGCGCUUCAUAACGCAUGCUGCAAUGGCCACUUUGACAUUGUCGAGUUCCUGCUCAAUCGCGGCGCCGACAUCAACGCCGUGGAUGUGGAUGGCUGGACACCCAUGCACAGUGCUGCUUGCUUGGGCACGAAGCCCAUUGUGGAGCUGCUUCUUCGCAGUGGAAGCAACGUCAGCGCCAAAAACUACGAGAAUGAGAGUCCGGCCGACCUCUGCGAGGAUGAGACCAUUGCAAACUUGCUCAAAGCGGCGGUCGAGCGAAAGAAUGCAGCUACGACGCUGUUUGCAUUGUACGACGUUCAGCCAGAGUUUGACGAUGAGGUGGCGCUCAAGAAGAACCAGCAAGUGACGGUGCUAUCACGCGAUGGCGCCGACGAAGGCUGGUGGACGGUCUCGACUGAGGUCGCUGGAAAAACUGUGUUCGGCCUGGUGCCGCACAAUUACCUUGGUGAGCAUCAAGUCCCCACCAAGCGCCACCGCCCAGCCUCUUUCAGCGACAUUUAAUUGUUCGUUUCUCUCUUGAUUGUGGUCUGUGUCGACGGCGUUUCUGUUGUUUCUAGCUUGUGUUUUCUUUGGUUUGCGACCCGUUGAUGUUUGUGUUGAUGUUUGUAUGUUUCCCUCGUUGGCCGUGUUCGCGUCUCGCUCGUUGAGGGGUUGUGCCCUGUGUUUUUCUUACAUGAUACAGUACAAUUGUUCUCGAAAUCA